AUGCCGAAUGCUGAGCGGAAUAUGAAUUUUGCCGAUCGGUUCAAGACGUUUGAAAAGUGGCCUCUGGCUUACGUUUCCCCACAGUCGUUAGCGGAAGCGGGAUAUAUUUAUACGGGUACAGGAGAUGAAGUCAAGUGUGUCGUCUGCAACGUCGUACACUUCAACUGGAUGAUGGGUGACAAACCCAUGUUCGAGCACCGGCGAUCUAAUCCUAAUUGCUCUUAUGCUGCGAUGCGCUUCGCAACGUACGCUGAUUGGCCGGGAUGGGUUACGCAUCGAGCGAAUGACAUGGCACGUGCGGGUUUCUUCUUCAUGGAGGCUGGAGAAGACCGGGUCCGGUGCUUCUGCUGCGGUCGUAAGCUGGAAAAGUGGACAGUGGAUGACGAUCCGUGGAUCGAGCAUGCCAAGUUUGAACCGGAUUGCGCGUACCUAAUCGAAAAAAAGGGUCAUCAUUUUAUUUACGAUGUUCAAAAGCUCCACAAUAUGGACACAAUGAAAUGGUCUCGCGGACCAAAAACAGAUGAAGUAGAGUACUUAGUUGCAUUGGCGAAAGAGGACGGUUACCACUAUACAUACCUCAUCAAGGCCGUUCAACAGUACAAGCAUCGUUUGCAAACGUUUCGUGAAUUAAAGGAUCUAAUAAAUGCCGCCAAGCGAAUUAAAGCCCGCAUCACCGACAUGCGACUGGACGAGCAAAGCCAGCUGGACAAGGACUGUAGUGUAUGUCUGGAUAAGAAGGUAUCGUUAUGUUUUACACCAUGCGGGCAUGCGAUCUGCUGCGAUGUUUGUGCGAAACGGUUGCGAGAGUGUCCGCUGUGCCGUAAACGUGUUACUGGGAAAAUUAAGCUUUUUUUUGCUUGA